UCUGAGUUAACUUCCUGACCCAGGAAGUGGCAGCUACAGAGGGGACUAGCAGCGAAUAUACUUUACACCAAAUCUCAGAAGAUUCAGAACUUAGAUGAGUGGGGCCCAGGACAGGAACCCUGGAGCCUUGGAAGGACGGGAGCCCCAUCUCCCCAGAAGUGCAGUGACCCCAGCAGAGAGGGGCCUGGUGUAUCACUGGAGGAAAUUGCCCGCCAAGGAAUACACAUCUUCAGAAGAAAUUCUGUGUGGCUUCAAGAGACUGAUCUGAUUGUGAGAGGAAAACAGCCUACCUGGUCCUCUUUUCUUCAAUAAAAAAUGAGAUAAUAGAGGUUGGAAGGAAAACCUUCAAGACCUAUGGAAGUCAGUUGCAGCCAGCUCAUCACAUAGAGGUGCAGGUGAGGUGUAUUUUCAUCGCGGUGGAAAAUUCUGGCUGCUUCAUCUCCAUCUCUGGAGCCAAUAUUGGAGCUAUGGCCUCAACCGCCAGCACCAAGAAGAUGAUGGAGGAAGCCACCUGCUCCAUCUGCCUGAGCCUGAUGACGAACCCAGUAAGCAUCAACUGUGGACACAGCUAUUGCCACUUGUGUAUAACAGACUUCUUUAAAAACCCAAGCCCAAAGCAACUGAGGCAGGAGACAUUCUGCUGUCCCCAGUGUCGGGCUCCAUUUCACAUGGAUAGCCUCCGACCCAACAAGCAGCUGGGAAGCCUCAUUGAAGCCCUCAAAGAGACGGAUCAAGGAAUGUCAUGUGAGGAACACGGAGAGCAGCUCCACCUGUUCUGCGAAGAUGAGGGGCAGCUCAUCUGCUGGCGCUGUGAGCGGGCACCACAGCACAAAGGGCACACCACAGCUCUUGUUGAAGACGUAUGCCAGGGCUACAAGGAAAAGCUCCAGAAAGCUGUGACAAAAUUGAGGCAACUUGAAGACAGAUGUACGGAGCAGAAGCUGUCCACAGCAAUACAAAUAACUAAAUGGAAAGAGAAGGUACAGAUUCAGAGACAAAAAAUCCAGUCUGACUUUAAGAAUCUCCAGCGUUUCCUACAUGAAGAAGAGAAGUCUUAUCUCUGGAGGCUGGAGAAAGAAGAACAACAGACUCUGAGUAGACUGAGGGACUAUGAGGCCGGUCUGGCGCUGAAGAGCAAUGAACUCAAGAGCCAUAUCCUGGAACUGGAGGAAAAAUGUCAGGGCUCAGCCCAGAAAUUGCUGCAGAAUGUGAAUGACACUUUGAGCAGGAGUUGGGCUGUGAAGCUGGAAACAUCGGAGGCUGUCUCCUUGGAACUUCAUACUAUGUGCAAUGUUUCAAAGCUUUACUUCGAUGUGAAGAAAAUGUUAAGGAGUCAUCAAGUUAGUGUGACUCUGGAUCCAGAUACAGCUCAUCAUGAACUAACUCUCUCUGAGGAUCGGAGACAAGUGACUCGUGGAUACACCCAGGAGAAUCAGGACAUGUCUUCCAGGAGAUUUACUGCCUUCCCCUGUGUCUUGGGUUUUGAAGGCUUCACCUCAGGAAGACGUUACUUUGAAGUGGAUGUUGGCGAAGGAACCGGGUGGGAUUUAGGAGUUUGUAUGGAGAACGUGCAGAGGGGCACUGGCAUGAAGCAAGAGCCUCAGUCUGGAUUCUGGACCCUCAGGCUGUGCAAAAAGAAAGGCUAUGUAGCACUUACUUCUCCCCCAACUUCCCUUCAUCUGCAUGAGCAGCCCCUGCUUGUGGGAGUUUUUCUGGACUAUGAGGCCGGAGUUGUAUCCUUUUAUAAUGGGACUACUGGCUGCCACAUCUUUACUUUCCCGAAGGCUUCCUUCUCUGAUACUCUCCGGCCCUAUUUCCAGGUUUAUCAAUAUUCUCCUUUGUUUCUGCCUCCCCCAGAUAACUAAGGAAAAGAGCAGAAGCUCCUUGGUUUAACCAGCACAGAGAAAAUAAUAUAAAUCCCAUAAGGGCAGACGUUUGGUCUGUUCUCUUCGCUGUCAUUUCCUUAGUACUUAGACUAGUGCUGGGAUUUUAGUGGAUAUAUAAUUGAUUUAUGUUGAAUAUAUGGACUUAGCAACUAAAAAUACCACAGAUGGUUAACUUGGACUGGGGCAAAGCAAGAUAAUAGUGAUGAUCGUACGUUGCUGUCUCCAUCAGUCUUUAAUGGGUCAGGGCUUUGAUUUCCAAGGGUCUUCAGGUGAUGAGUAGGGGUACCCACAGUCAGAAGGUCUGCGUUCUCCUAGUUUGUUUGCUGCCAUUUGAACUCAUGUGGGGAAUGAAAGAAAGCUGCAAUUAUCCGCCAACUGCAUUUAAAACAAAACAGAAAAAUCAAAAUAACAUUGACUCUUCCAACCACUGACAUGUUGUUUAAUAAUCUAAGCGGCAGUCCUGGAGGCUACCGGACUUACUGAGUUCUACCUGAGAAACAGCCAAGCAAAGUGUGACAGAAGGGUUAAGACUGGCUUACAAUGAGAUGCUUCAAAUGAAAAGGGAAUUAUGAGUAAAAUUGAACUUUGAUGGGGGAUUCAGUUCUGGAAAAGAAGUUGGUAUUUUCCAGUCUGCUAGGACCAAUUACCUUGAAAUAUUUUAAAAUCUCAGUAAAUAGUUAUUGCUGAAA